AUGGUUCCGAGCAAGCUCCAACGUCACUUGGUGACUAAUCAUCCUUCGCUUUCAAUAAAAGGUAAAAGCUACUUUCAAAAGUCUUUAUCUUCAAAAUCCAAGCAAGUAAAAGUUUUUGAAAAACAAAUCGGUGUGUCUGAAAAGGCUCAAGUAGCUUCCUACAAAAUAGUAGAAUUGAUUGCUGUUAAAUUAAAACCUCACAAUUUGGCUGAAGAAAUUAUAUUACCAGCUUGUCGCAAAAUUGUAAAAAUAAUGAUUGGUGGAUCAGCAGAUAUUGAUAUUUGUAAAAUACCACUUUCGAAUGACACAAUCCAUCGCAGGAUUAAAGAUAUGUCGCAAAAUACUGCAAAAGCUGUUGGAAAUUCAAUGAAACAAACAGAUAUUACAGGAAAACCUCAAUUAAUUGCAUUCGUUAGAUUUAUUCACGAAAAUGAUAUAAUUAAUCAAUUUUAG